CCACGAUGCUCAGACGCCGUAAACUUCGAGAUUUGAAAGCAAAAGCAGAAGAAUAUGAGUCAGUUCUUUUUCCAAAAGACGACAAGAAUGAUUCAGAUGACUCAAGUGACGAAGAUGGCGAAGACAUCUCACUAAACAUAAGAAGUCGGACACAGGAUGAUGAGAGUGAGGAAGAGGAAGCAGGCUCUGAGGAAGAUGAUGAAGUUCCUGAAGCCGUAUCGUUUUCCUCAGGACGCAAGGCAGCAUUACAAGAAAUGAAAACAGCUCUGCAGCAAAUAGGACAAAACAAACAGAAAGUGAAAGAUAAAAGGAGGCAGCUUAAUGAACAAUUCAAAUUACAGAAGCAAAAGAAACUAGAAGAUCUUGCUAAAAAGAAGUUAUCCGAGGAUUUUUUUGAUGAUUUACCUGAAGCCAUUCCUAAAGAAAAUAAUCUGAAGAGGAAGGCUGUCAACACAGAUCAUAGCAAACAAGCUAAGGACUCUGAGGACGAAGAAAGUUUUGCUGACACAGAGGAAGAUUUUGAGAUAAAUGAUGACUUCAUUCCAUUAGAAGAAAGGUUAGGGGGAGUUACUGUUGAAAAAGUAAAGGAGAAUGAGAAAAAAAUUAUGUCAUCUGUUGAACAGGCCAGACAGUUUAAACAACAGAGACUAUAUGGUGGAAAAAUACCCCGAAUGACAAAUGACAGUCUUAUAGCGCUGAAAGGAAAACGAAGAGCAAGAUAUAAAUGAAACACUGACCCAGUAUAUAUUGUAAUGUAAUAAAUGUAAAUAAAGAUCUAUAUCCUAACAA